AUGGUCAAGAACCAUGCUCCAACCAAGAAGAAGAAAUGCUCGUACCUGCCUAGUAGGAGAGGCGGUCCAAGGAAGAAGAAAAAGAGCUCGUCUCCUUCGGAUUCAAGAACUCGGCAGGAUGACUUCCAAAACUCUACUAUCACGCCAGCAUCUGGCUUUGACGACUCCUCGGCGAUGUUUGGGCAGAUUGAUGUACUGUCCUUGCCAGGAGCUGGGCUGAGAGCGUUAGAUUACUCAUCGGAUAUGAAUACCAUGUUUGCUGAUCUCUUCCCUUCGAACAAUGGCAGCAACACUCAGGGUCAGAUGGAGCCGACACGUUCGCCUUCAAACAUACCAUCCCAGCCUAUGGUCAGGACAUAUGGCAGCGAACAGGAUAUAUUGAAUGCAUACUACGACUUCAUUCACCAUUAUUUUCCCAUACUCCCACCACGAGUCGCUCCGCGCUGUCCAGAUAGGCCAAUCAAUUCCGCUGGUCACUAUUCGUCGUCUCCUUCUGGAGAGCCUUUACUGGCAUACAAACCGCAAUCCCCCCUCAGUCUUGCAAUUUCCGCUAUAUUGGCUCUGGUGCCCCAUCCCGACGAUCCUGAGCCGUUGUCUCCGGUUGCUGUUAUACGACGUAGAACUUAUGCUCAUACCUUUGCGCAACUAGCUAAUGCUGGUGUUGAGGAAGAUUGCGAAUUACAAGCUUCUUCGACGGACCCGUCCCAAGCAUUAGCGAACAAUCGACCCAGGAUCAACCGGGAGCCCUUGCAUCCACGGACACCUGUGGAACUCGAAAGCCUUCUUGCGUUGCUGAUCCUCUGUGUAUAUGAAUAUACACAGCGAGGAAAUCUGCUCAAAAUGAGGUAUCGGGCUGGCCAAGCCUUGGCAAUCGCGCUGGACAUGUCUCUUCAGUCGCUCGGGGAGGAGCAUGAUGAGUGUGCAGAGGCUCGGCGGAGGGCCUGGUGGAUGACGUACUAUUGUAUGCUUCAGGGUUCGAUUGUCAGCACAACGCCGCUCUCCAUAAUCGCCAGCGACCCUCAAUUCGUUACACCUUAUCCUCGUUUCUCUGCAGAUCCAGAGGGAUGGGCCGUUUUGAUGCAAGCCCAGCAAGUGCUGGCGUCCGCAACUCAAUUCGUCAUCGACUUGAACAAAUGCAUGUCAACUGGCGCCAACAUGACUUACAUAUAUGAAAGAAUGCAGCAACUCGAUGCCUGGGCUAGCUCCGCAAUAGCACAAUCCAAUCUCCUUCCAAUGGUCCCUCAAUCCAUGGGUUGCGGUGACGAAGUGGAGUAUACAACCGCCCAUAGCAUACGCGCUAUCGCGCGAAUCAAGCUUUCUAGGGCGUUCUCGGAUAUUCCACUCUUCAUUAAGAAGCAUUGCGACCUGACCGCAGCUAAUCCCAACAACACGAUAACGGGCGAUUCGGCGUCCAAGGUGUCCAAAGAACAGGACGGUAUGGCGAACAUCUCGUUUUGCUGCAGCAACAUGGACUCCUUCCGUCCGCCGCCAUCUACAUCGAGUGAUUGCACAGGUUCCGCCUCUUCCUCCGGCUCUGCCACAUCCGAUUACCAUUCCAUGAUACCAUUCUCAUUUACCAGCGGUUUCCCAUACAGCAGCCAGCACUCUGCCAAAGUCUGCUUGAAAGCGUCUCUUACGAUCUCACGCAUGUUCCCGAGCCUGCCCCUGCCACAGCCGCUCUACGCGUCGAGUGGCAGUAACACGCCCAACCAGGGGCCGCCCUCAUCGCCGCAAAAGCAGCUACCGCGAACAAUGCCAUCGUUCGCAUGCUGUCUGAUGCAAGGAAGCUACGCCUUGUUGAUGAUAUUCUACAAAGCGACAGUGGAGAAACAAAUGUCGCCAGAUUACGGGAGUGAAUCCACAAACAGCGCCUCGGAUCGACUGAUCGAGGAAAUUCGUCAAGGCUUGGAGCGUGUCAUUGAAACCGUUAAAAAUUAUGCGAUUGCUUUUGAGGCGUUGGAUGGCAUGAGAGGUAGGCAGCUGCUUCGACGAUGUCCCGAAGACAGAAUUUGA